UUGAAUGCCUUGUGCAUCAUUGUAAUAGUAUUAUUUGUAUCUUUAACAAGAACAUCAAUGUCAAUGACAAUGACACCAUCUCUUGCAAUCAUUGGUGGAGGCUUUAGUGGACUGUGUGCAGCAAAGUCAGCGAUAGAGAAUGGAUUAAGACCUGAACUCUUUGAGAAACAGAGUAGUAUAGGUGGACUGUGGAGACCACAGACUGGUACAAUGUGGCAAUCUCUAAGAACCAACUUGUCUCAGUAUACUUGUAUGUUCUCUGACUUCCCCUUCAGCGUCGCCGACAACUUCCCCAGCCAUACACAAGUCUACGAGUACCUCAAACAAUACGUCGAAGCAUUCAAACUAGAGCACAACGCAUUGUUACACUUCAAUCAUAUCAUUACACGUGUGUCACGCGAGGAAGAUGGCAAGUGGCGAGUGACAUGGACAUCCCCAGAGGGCGACGGCAGCAAGGUGUUUGACAAUAUUAUCAUAUCAUCUGGCUUCUUCUCCGAGCCAGUCAACCAAAAGAUACCUCAAGAGCAGCCUGUCGGCACACCAGAGAUACCAACUAUACACUCGUCGGCUUAUCGCAACCCUGCAGACUACAAGGGCAAGGUGGUGGCGGUCAUUGGUGCAGGCUACAGUGGCACAGAGAUCGCUUCAGACUUGGCCAAACACGGUGUUGAGGUGGUGGUUGUCGCGCGUAGGAAGGAGUAUAUCCUGCCACGAUACGCCAAUGAGGAUGGCAAGCAUGUGCCCGUCGACACGACUAUGUUCUCUCGCGUCAAGGCCUUGAGAAAGCUCGACCCAGAGGUUCGCGCCAGAUGGUUCGACUCGAUGAACAAGACGCGACAGUCGACCGUUGACAGCAUCAGUGUGGACAACCCCGAGAACCCAUAUGUGGCCAUCUCCGACGACUAUGUCCAGCAAGUUAAAGACAAUAAGAUCAAGUUCUAUCAUGGACAGCCUUCAAGGAUAGUCAACGACCAACUCUAUUAUAUCAAGGUGGGCAAGGAUGCUGAGGAGAAGGAGUCAAUCAAGAUUGAUCAAGUUAUACUGUGUUCCGGAUUCACAGUGAAUCUAAAGUAUCUUGAUCAAGAGAUACUUGAUGCCAUACAUUAUGAUCCAUCAAUCACUUUCCAACCAAUGCUACUUCACAAAGCAGUGUUCUGUCAAUCAAUGCCAGGUAUUGCCUUUGUUGGAAUGUAUCGUGGACCCUAUCUACCUGUAGUUGAAUUGCAAGCUAGAUGGGCCACUGGAGUGUUUGCCAACAAGUACCAGGCACCGGCACAUGCAGCCAUGGCAGAGGGCAUUCAAUCAGAGUCAGAGAUCAGGAAUAGGAAGCCACCCACACAAUUCCCAAGGAUGUACGUACCAUACUCUGAGGAUUUGGCCAAGGAGAUGAACAUUGCACCAGACCUCGAGUAUUACAAAUCAAACAAUGAACCACUGUACAAGAUGUUGAAUGAAGGAUUCUUCCUUGGAGCAUCGUAUCGACUUUCAGACAACCAAGAUCCAGUCAAAGCAGCUGCGGCCAAAGAGUUCAUCAUGAGAAUAUCAACCAAGCCGUAUGCCAUGGAUAUCCAGCCC